AUGGCAGCCCGCAGCAGGCCACGAGGUCAAUUGAAGGAAGAGUUCGAUGAAGAGAGGGUCAUCUGGAACUCGAUCAAAACCGAUGGCCGACGCGUUGAUCAACUCAUGAAAGAGUCCGAUGUCUUGCAAGAGAAGAUCUCCGCUAUUGUCGCAGAACAGUCUGCUCGUAUCGAUCGCGGCGAGGAAACUUCAGCUCGCCUUGACGACGAACUUGAAGACCUUCUACGCGACAACAUCCGUAAUCUCAAUGAGGCGCAAACCCUUCUGCAACCCGUCGAAGGCGGCAAUGACGUCCACACCCAGAUGACGCUACUGGCUGCCCUCCGCAUGUCGGAAGAAGCUCCACCUUCAGCAUCACGAGCCACUAGCGUUGGGCACGGGAAGUCGGGACGCGACCGCCAGGGCAAGCGAAAGCUGACCGAAAGUAUCGAUGACCGCGACAGCAUUGCUGCGGACAGUCCUGGAGGCCCUAGCCCAAAGGUUGUUAUCAGUAGCCAAAAAGAUCGACUGGUAGCCAAGUCGGGCAGUAGCAGAGCAGGAUCAGUACCUGUUGCGAGAGAGGGCAGCGUAAAGAUCGAUGAAGACGAUUCGGGUAAGGAAGUCCGACCUCGUCUAUCACCACAAACAGAGGUUCUCUACCGGAACAACGCGAAGAACCGCUCUUCCUCUUCUUCCAUGUCAUUCGAGGGUGAAGGCAUUCUCUGCCGCGUAACGUCGGUGAUCGGCGAAGGAAAGCAACGUCGGUACGAAAUUAUUGAUGCUGAUCCGGAUCCCCCGACACCAUCAGUGCCGUACCGUGCUUCCGUAAAUCAUCUAAUACCUAUCCCGCCACCCUCUUCCAACACCACACUGCCUGACCUUAGUAAAGGGAAGAACGUGCUCGCUCUGUACCCUGGUACCACCACCUUCUAUAAGGCGGAAGUAGUAGCUGUAUGGAGGCAGAUCGACGGCAAGGUCAAGAAAGAAGAUGGGAGUAAAGAAGGAGAGACCGUGGAUAAUCUCGUCAGAUUGAGGUUUGAGGGUGAAGACGAGGCGGACCGUGAGAUGAGUGUUGAGAGAAGAUAUCAGCAGCACAAUCAAAACCGCCCACCACCUUCUCCUUCACAUUCACAAGCGGGCAGCAUAGCAGGUUCGCAAGUCAACGGCGGCGGCCAGAACGGCAUUCCAAUGGUCAAUGGCUUGCCAAGUGGGGGCCAGCAGACGGACAUGAACCAUCUGUGGGCGGUGGUGCAGCAAUUGAGUCAAUUACUAGAGGAGAACAAGGCGCAAACGAGGGGCAUUGUGGAGGGUGUCGCUGCGAUACAGGGGAGGGCUGCACAAGAAGAGGGAGGCGAAGUCGGCGGUGGAAUUAAUCUGAGAGGUGGAGGAGGGGUGGCCAUGAGGGAGGUUAAUGGCGAGAUAAAUGCAGCAACAGUCGCAAAUCUACAAUCACAGCUUACGGCCGCGCAAUCCACAAUCGCAUCCUUGACCUCCACGAACUCAUCGCUCUCAACCCUCCUUACCGACUACGAAUCUGCCUUGACUCUUCUCCUCGAUAAAUUACGUCCUUAUGCUUAUUCUCAAACGUCAGCCAUGCUCGCCCUUCACAAAUACUAUCAAAGCCUCCUUGACCAAGAGCGCUCAACAUCCAUGGGGCUGCGGCUCGAACAUGCAGACUGGCAAGCAGGGUUGAGUCGCGUAGCAGAGAACGCAAGGAACGCACUACGAUGCCAGAGUGAAAUCGAGCAAGGCUUAAGGAGCAGAUGCAAAGAGUUGGGCGAGGAGAAUAGGGUGUUAAGACGUAUGGUGGGGUGGGAAGAGAGGGAAAGCAGUGAUGAUGAGGCCGAGGACAAGGCAUAA